AUGGGUCGAAAUCCGAUGGAAAAUCCAAUUCACUAUGCUACUCCUCAACUUCGAGUAGGACCACCUGUUACUUAUGCGGCAGCUCAACGUACUCUCAAAGGCUAUGAUUAUGUGAUUAUCGGAGCAGGCGCAGCAGGUUGUGUGUUGGCCAGCAAGCUUUCCGAGGAUAAGAACACAUCCGUUCUCCUCCUUGAGGCCGGUGGAAACAAUGAAAACGUUCUCGCAAGCAAAGUUCCUCUCAUGUUUGGUGAAUUGUUCCACAGUGAGCAUGAUUGGGAUUACAAUACCGUGGAACAGCUUGCUCUAGCUUCCCGUAAGCUCUACUGGCCUCGGGGACGCAUCCUUGGAGGUUCCACUUCGCUUAAUGCCAUGAUGUAUCACCACUGUGCAAAGUCAGACUACGAUGAAUGGGUCUCUGUGCAUGGGUGUCAGGGCUGGGGGUAUGAUGAUCUCGUGCCUUAUUUCCGCCGCAUGGAAAAAUUCACACCUAACCCUUCUCGGCCUGCCAUUGAGGCUGGAAAUAGAGGCGCAGAGGGGAAAUGGAAGGUAGGGAUUCCGGCGAUUCCAGAUGUCAAUACCAAAGAAGGUACACUGGGUGGUGUCACUCGUUUCCAGACGUUCAUUGAUCAGAAGGGACAAAGAUCUUCCAUGGCGACUGCUUUCCUAACACCUGAGGUACUUAAGAGGCCUAAUCUCUAUAUUGGCUGUCAUGCUCAUGUUACCCGGGUGCUCUUUGAUUGUCUCACAACUGAAGUACCCACUACCAUCGGCGUCGAGUUUCGAAGCAGCAAAGACCCCAACAGUGAGAGCUUCCAAGUCCAUGCUAGACGAGAGGUCAUCCUCUCAGGAGGAGCAAUUAAUACACCUCAGUUGCUACUAAUCAGUGGAAUUGGUCCCGCUGACGAGCUGACUCCUCUGGGAAUACCGAUCAUUAACAACAGCAGAGCAGUUGGCAAGAAUUUGAAGGAUCACCUUUGUCCUACGCCUAUUAUUUGCAAAGCAAAUCCUUCAUAUACUCUGGAUUAUCUAAAGAGCCCUAUCAAAUCCUUACCGGCUCUUCUUCGGUGGAAGCUAUUUGGAACUGGGCCAUUGACGAACAAUGUUGGCGAGGUGGCUGCCUUUCUGCGAACUGUUGACUUCAAUUUCUCUGAGUCAAGCAGUCAUCCGGCUGAUUUCACAUCGGGGUCCGUUGGACCGGAUAUUGAAUUGAUUGCUGCGCCCCUGAGUUUUAUUCACCAUGGUGAAGAGCCAGCUGCCGAAGGGGAAGGAAUGUUUAGUAUAGUGCCUACUCACCUCCGUCCACUUAGCACAGGAACAAUCAGUCUCAGAAGCCGAAAUCCGUUCGAUCACCCAAUAAUCAAUCCCAAAUACCUGUCCGAUGAAUCAAAUAACGAUCAAAAGGUUAUUCUGGCAGGACUCCGAGGUUGUCUCCGCAUAAUUCGCAGCGCAGCCCUUCAAAAAUACUUUGAGCCCGUCCCUAUCAACGACGAUCCUGCAUCUAAGUGGUGGCCAUAUUCGAGCAGCAAUAUUGAAAAGAUCUCAGAUGAGGAUCUGGUUCGCUUCAUGAAGGAAAAGGCGUUCACUCUUGACCAUCCGGUGGGAACUGCACGUAUGGGUCCGGACCCAAGUAGCAGUGUUGUUGAUUUACAGUGCAAAGUGCAUGGUGUUAAAGGGCUACGUGUGAUGGAUGCCAGUGUUUUUCCUGAGCAGAUUAGUGGGCAUCCUACCGCUCCUAUUGGUGCUAUGGCUUUUAAACUUAGCCAGAUGAUCAAGGAAGGGAAAACACCAGGUACACCGCUAUCAGCGCAUCUUUAA